AUGAUUGUAGAGGAGGAAAUAUCCAAAGCCGAUUCUCAAAAUGUUCAGAUUCGUGGCAUUAAAAAUCGUCUAGAUGAAGCAUUUGGUCCGAAUUGGAACUGCUUUAUGGCAAGAUCCGGAUGUUGGGCAUUAAAGACUUACAAGCCUGGGACAAAUCUAGUGUUUGAGUACGAAGGUACCAAUUGCAAACGUCAAGUAAUAUUUACUAAUGGUUAUUCUUUGAGUAUCAUGCAAGUAAUACUAACAUUGGGGACCACAGGUCUUUCGGAAAUACAUACAUUGAGCCCACCACUUCUGGCCUUAAAAAGAGACUCAUUCUAG